CGAAAUGAAAACAGUCAUCUCUUGGCUGCGACUGUGAUAGUCAACGGUUCGUCGCGCUCACGCCAAUCUAUUUCAGACGCUAUAAAAACACAGCGCUUGUAUAGCAACGAAAAGCUGCACGAAAAUGUCGACUGGUCGCAUGUCCGAUGAGCAAUUUCAACAAUUGCUCGACACAAUACGAGCGCUGGGUCCACAACAAACCGAGCAGCAGCAACAACAAACCAACAAAUCGAAAAGCAGUUUUGGCAAUUGUAAUGUGCGCUUCUACGGGCAGCGUGACAAUGACGCCGUCGAGGAGUUCAUCAAUGCCAUUGAGACCUAUAAGGACAUGGAGGACAUCAGCGAUCAGGACGCGCUGAAAGGUCUGCCGCUGCUCUUACAGGGCAUUGCUUCCACAUGGUGGAAGGGCGUACGCCGCGAUGCGAAGUCGUGGCAAGAUGCGCUACAACUGCUGCGCGAUCACUUUUCGCCGACGAAACCGCCCUAUCAGAUAUACGUGGAGAUUUUCGCGUCAAAGCAGAACGAUCGCAUGCCCAUUGACACGUUCAUUUGUCAGAAGCGCGCUCUGAUAGCGAAACUGCCGGAGGGGCGACACGAUGUGGAGACUGAGCUAGACUUUGUUUAUGGUCUGCUGGAUUCAAAAUAUCAACAACAAAUACCGCGUCAUGAAAUCAAAACAUAUCGAGAGCUCUUGGAGAAGGGACGCAACUUGGAGCGACACAACACUAUAGGCAGACACAACUGAUGAGGGAUUUGUUGUAGUCGAUUGACUUAGCUGAGAUUAUUAAGGGAAUCCCUUGUUAAAUAUUGAAGUGCCGGACAUCAAUAGUGAUCUACAACAGUUAUUUAUAGUGAAUGUGUACACUGUGUUCUUAUAUGAUUAAGUAAAAAAUAUAAUAUAAUUAGUUUUUAAAAUAGCCGUAAAAUAUAUUUAUAAGAAAAAUACAUAAAAAUUAAAUUAAAUAAAUA